AAAAUAAGGAGAAAAGGGACAGGCGUGAUAGCAAGCUCAGAUAAAAUCCCUUGCUUCCUUCUCUGGUACCACCCUCCCAUCCAAUAGUCCAAUCCCCUCUCUGUCUCUCUCUCUUUGCUGUCCUCCAGUAGGAGAAAGCAACGCUGGUUUCAGCAGAUAUGAUUCUGGGUCAGAAAUCGUGUUUGAGUUUUUCUUGAGUAUUAUGAGAACAGGCUCUGCUGUCUUCUUCCUAGAAGAAGAGGAAGAUGUUGUUUUCUCUUACCCAUUUGCCAGGAAAUCGAGAUGUUCAGCCUCAAAACCAGAUCUUUUCCCUUGAUGGCCUCCUCUGCGACGAGGAGAGACUCGGUGAUGAUUCGGGCGAAUGGUCUUGUUUCGAGAAUGAGCAUCAUUUUGUGAAACUGAAUGUUAAAAAGUCACUGUCUUUCUUCGAAUCUGACCUUUCCUGGGACGAUGAUGAGCUGUCGGCUCUUUUGUCGAAAGAAAGGGAGCCAUUUUUUGGGUCUGGGACUCUUGAUGUUGAUGGACCUUUAAUGGUGGCUAGAAAUGAAGCUCUGGGUUGGAUGUUUAAUGUCAUUGGACACUACGGAUUCAACGCCUUGACUGCUGUAUUGGCUGUGAAUUACUUCGAUAGGCUCAUAUGUGGUGUUUCCUUCCAGAAGGAUAAGCCAUGGAUGAGUCAGCUUGCGGCUGUGGCUUGUCUUUCUAUAGCUGCAAAAGUAGAGGAGAUUGAUGUGCCUCUUCUAUUAGACUUCCAAGUUACAGAUUCCAAGUAUAUGUUUGAUGCCAAGACUAUUCAGAGAAUGGAACUUUUGGUGCUCUCUACUCUUAAUUGGAGGAUGAAUCUAGUCACACCCAUCUCAUUCUUUGACCAUAUCAUUAGGAGAUUUGGAUUUAAAGACAACCUGCAUUGUGAAUUUCUGAGGUGCUGUGAAGGCAUCAUUCUCUCUAUAAUUACUGAUUCUAGGCUAUUGCAUUAUCUUCCAUCUGUUAUUGCUACUGCAACAAUGUUAAUUGCAUUUGAAGAGAUUGAACUUAACAAUGCUGCUGAAUACCAUGAUGAACUCAUUACUAUACUGAAAAUCAACAAGGAGGAGGUGGAUGAAUGCUACAAUGUUAUUCUUGAGGUAAAUCGUAGAGACAAGCAUUGCCAAAACCUUAAGCGCAAAUACCAAUCUGUACCUGGCAGUCCUGAUGGUGUAAUUGAUGCGUAUUUUAGCUGUGAAAGCUCUAAUGAUUCUUGGGCAUUUAAUCCAUCAGUUACUUCCUCGCCUGAACCUCUCUACAAGAGAAGCAGAUCUCAAGACCAGCGAAUGAGUGUGGGUCUACUAAACAGUGUCCAUGGUUGUGGCUAGCAGUUCUUUGCAAUUCAUUUAAUGUUUCAGCAAUGGUACUACUUAAUCUUCUUUUAGCUAUGUAUGUAUGCGCUCUUAAAAUGACUUGCAGUUGUAUGGCAUUCCAUGUGUUGUCACUAGACUUUUGACUAGACUUGGUCACCUCUUGGAGGUUGUUUCUAUGGAUAAUGGAUGCUUGAAAUAUUUGCUCCUCUACCUCUCUUUGAUUGGGAGCACAGUCACGUUCAGGAAUGAAAUUGGUGGAGGUUGUAUCCCUGUGAUUUGAAUCCUUCGAAUUGGUUACUUUGGAAUGUGAGUAUUCGCAAUACUAUUUGGAAAAACUUG